AUGGAGUCUAAUUCGUGGAUCAAUUGUCCCUCCUCCGUAUUUUCAUCAUCUUCUUCUUCGCGGCGUUACCAAUCUCGACCAGAUUUGUAUUUGGGAGGAGAUGUAGAAGGAGAAGACGAAUUGAAAGCAGAGUUUAUCUGCCCGUUUUGCGCAGAUGAGUUUGAUAUUGUUGGGCUCUGUUGUCAUAUUGAUGAAGAGCAUCCUGUUGAGGCCAAGAACGGGGUGUGUCCUGUCUGCACGAAGAGAGUUGGUUCGGACAUCCGAAGGAGAAGGUUGCGUAGAGGUGGAUAUAACAGCUCUGCCUAUCUUACGCUUAAGAAAGAUCUUCGAGAAGCAAACUUACAGUCUCUUGGUGGAUCUUCCAGUUUCAUUACUUCAUCCAAUUUAGACUCUGAUCCUUUGCUCUCAUCUUUCAUUUUCAAUCCACCUCCGGCUAAAGAAUUUGCUAUUCCCAUCGCCAAAGGAGACUCGGUUGAUAAAGUCUCGCCUAUUGACACUCCUAAAAGCGAAACUCGACAAGCAUCACUUUCAAACGAAGAUCAAGAGAAGGCGAGGAAGAGCGAGUUUGUACGGGGCUUGCUUUGGUCAACCAUGCUUGAGGACGAGUUCUAA